AUGACUGAAGUAUUCAAUAUGGAUGAUGAUGACAUUAUCUUAUCUGAUAGAAUAAGUCAGGUGAACUUAGGUCCCUCUGAACUCAACUAUAAACUACUUGAAGAUGCGGAAGGUUCCCCCGAAAAUGAAAAGAAUGAAAAUGAUGAAAAUAACUUGGUCGAGGAGUACUCAAACUCUGUAUCUGAGCUACCCAUCCCUAUAGAGAAGAAGCCUCGAAGACAAUCCGCGAUAUCUGGAUCCUAUGAAAUUGAUAUUAGCGAGGCAUUUAUAUCAUCAUCAGCAAAGUCUAAAAUAUACAAGCCUAAAAUUACUGAUUUCGAACCUAUCAAAGUAUUGGGAAGGGGUGCCUAUGGCAAAGUGCUUUUGGUAAGAGAAAUAUCUACAGGGAAAUUGUUUGCUCAGAAACAGUUUAAAAAAGCGUCUUUAAUUAUCAAUGAAAAUACUAACGAAAUCAAUAAUGUGAAUUAUAAACGGGCUUUGAACGAAAAGAAUCUUUUGGAAAUGGUCAACCAUCCAAAUAUUGUAAAGCUUUUUUACGCGUUUCAAGAUAAUAAUAAGGUUUAUUUAAUAUUGGAAUAUUUAGAUGGAGGGGAAUUGUUUCAUCAUUUAGCUCAAGAGAGAUUUCUUUCCGAGAAAAAUGCAAGUUUUUAUAUUGCUCAAAUGAUUCUUGCUCUUCGAUAUUUACAUUUGAAGUUGAAGGUCAUUUAUAGAGAUUUGAAGCCAGAGAACUGUAUGCUUAAUUCAAAUGGAAAUUUGGUCUUGACUGACUUUGGUCUUUCGAAAGUAUCAAGUGAAACUGAUAGAGUUCACUCCAUUACAGGCACGGUCCAAUAUAUGGCCCCUGAGAUUAUCAGGGGAGAGCCUUAUGACUACAGAGUCGAUUGGUGGUCUCUAGGUUGCGUCGCAUUCGAUUUACUCACAGGAUCGCCACCUUUUACAGGGAAUAAUAAUACCAAGAUAAUUCAAAAAAUUCUUUCAAUGAAAAAGACUUUAAAAUAUCCCUAUUACUUAAGUAAUGAUGCUAAAGACUUUUUGAGGAAGCUUUUGCAGUCUAAUCCAGAAAAAAGAUUGAACAUAGAUGAAAAUUUUGAUAAAGCCAAGCAGCACAGGUUUUUCAGGAACGUGAAUUGGGAUGACUUGGAGCAUUCGAAUCAAGAUGACUGCCUCUUGCCUCCUAUCCUCCCAAUCAUCACGGAUUCAAUAUUGGCUGAAAAUUUUGAUACUGAAUUCACUAACAUGCCUUUUACACCGCCUUCUUCAAAUUUACAUACGGAGGAUAUUUUGCAUAUCGAUGGUUUUUCGUUCACAAAUGAUCACUUCAUGAACUCCAGGUUUUAA